AGUAGCUGAUGAGAUGGUUAGUGUUAUGUGUCUAAAUAAUACAAACUCAAGUAUACAUAUUAUUUUUCUUGAACAUUAAUUUUGGUUUUUAUGAGCUUACUAUGGCAGAAAAAAAUAGAUGGAAUUGCUCCUUCUCAUGGACAAUUGUACAUCAAUACUCACAGGAGAAGAGAUGGGAGCUUUGCCACUGACAAUGUUCGAAAAAAAAUAGGGGAGCUUCAAGAUAAGAUAACUCAAAAUCCGGAGAGUGCAAUAUCAAGAGAGGAGGACAUUGGUUGGAGAAAUGAUGACGUAUACACUCAAGUCUUUGGCCCUAAUCGGCAUGGUCAUGUAAAAGGUGUUAGAACUAGACCAGUUCCAUCUCAGAAGUCUAAUAGAGUGCCUCGUCAGCUCUAUGGCCUUAGAAUGACCACUGAUAUGGAGAGUUGACAUAGAAAUGGAGAGGAACAACUUAAAGAUCAAGUGACUAAUCUUCAAUCUGAGUUCAAGGAGCAUGUUCUAGGAUUACAAGCUCAAAUCAAAGCAUUGAUGGUGUAGCUGCAAACUUCUCGAAACAAUGAGGUAAUAUGAACAAUGCGUUUGAUUAUCUCCUGUUGAUAAGCUCUAUCAGUGGUUUAUGCAUUGCGCUAUAUUUUAGAAUUUGAAUUUGCUUCUCUGAGAUGAACUUUUUAUGCAAGCAAAUCACUUAGAUUAGAAUAACUUAUGGAGAUUGAUUUAGCAUGCUGGUGUCAGGUGUUUGCAUCUCUGAGGUGACAUAAUAUGUGGUUUUAUUUUCCUUUUUGUCCAUUUCUCCCGUGAAUUGCCCUGUUUAGUGAG